UUCCCCUCAUCACCAUACUCAAAAAAAACCAAGGCAAGGCGAGUCUGAGAACAGCCCACACCACCACCUUAUGCAUCUAGACAUUUGAACAGAAACCGCAUUACUAGCAGGUUAAUGCUGAUUUGCUCACAUGCGCACAGGAGUUUUCUCUCGGCUGCAAAGUGCGCCAGAAAAGACUGCUGCUGACCCUGUUUGCUACUGCACAGCUCGAAGAGGAGAGUGUGUUUGUGCGUCAGUCUGCUGUUUACAGGGUGUGUGAAGCAUGUGGUCACUGGUGGUCACCCCCGAGUCUGCCAGCUCCUCUCCAUCUAUGCUGAUCAUUUAGAGUGAAGAACACAAGUGUUAUGGGAGUGGAACAAUGAAGGACUGACGUCAGGAAACGUUUGUUGAAUUAUGCCUCCAGUGUCUGUGUGAGCGAAGGAAUGGCUGUGAAUACGUCUGAGGCCAACGUCACAUGUAACGACAACAUGACCAGCUGGGACCAGCGCAUGGAGAAGAUGUACACCUACUUCUACCUGCUGCUCUUCAUCCCUGGCCUGCUGCUCAACACCACUGCUCUUUGGGUCCUCUGCAGACAUAUUAGUAAGAAGACCAAAGCAGUGAUCUUCAUGAUAAACCUGGCUUUGGCUGACCUGGCCCACAUCCUCUCUCUGCCUCUCAGGAUCUAUUAUUACUUCACACACACCUGGCCUUUUGGACAGCGAGUCUGCUUGUUCUGCUUCUACCUCAAAUACCUCAACAUGUAUGCUGCCAUAGUGUUCCUGGUGUGUAUCAGUGUGCAGAGGUGCGUCUUCCUGCUCGACCCAUUCUCUGCUCGCAGGUGGAGGCGGCGCUACGACCUGCUGAUCAGCGUUAUAAUGUGGGUGGUGGUCAGUCUGGCUUGUUCACCGUUCAUUCUAAUGCGCAGCAAUGGUGAUGCCUCCAGGGCCCACGCCAAUGCAUCCUACUCCCUGGGUGCUGCUUCUACCCAACAUCCAUUAGGCUACAACAACAGCUGUUUCAAAGAUUUGCCCAUGAAGCCUCUGCCUCUCUCCCCGUUGGUCACCAUGAUCACUCUAGCCGAGCUGUUUGGUUUCUUCAUUCCUCUGGCCUGCAUCAGUUACAGCUCCUUCCGCAUUGCCCAGUCCCUCAAACAAAGCGAGACCCAGAAUCAGCAGAACUCUGUCUCCUUCAACUCCUCAACACGUAGCCGACUCCAGUCAGUCACCUCCAACGGUCACGUUGAUAGAACUAAUGAAAGGCAGACAACCAGCGAGAAGCGGCGUGCCCUGCGGAUGGUGCUGAGCUGCUCGGCCCUCUUCCUGUUCUGCUUCGCCCCCUACCACCUCAACUUCAUUUUGUACCUGUUGGUGAAGCAGAACAUCGUGACCCACUGUGCCACCAGGGUGGCUGUGAACCAGUUCCACCCGGUGUCUCUGUGCCUGGCGAGCCUGAGCUGUUGCCUCAACCCACUGCUCUAUUAUUUCCUAACAGCCGAGUUCAGGAUGCACCUCACCAGGCGCACCUCCUCCUUCUCCUCCUCGCUCCUCUCCUCUCCGACCACUUUGCCGCGUCCCUUGCCGGACAGACUGAUGAGCAUGGAGAGUAACUGCUCAGACAGGGAGUAGCAUUGUUCAGGGACAACUGUGUUUUUUUUCCCACAAGGAAUAAAAGGAAUAAAAGAGCUUAACAUGACAAACAGAUGUGUUCUCAUGAUGCAUCCUGUUGAACUUGAAAACAGACUGACAAGAUGCAGUACAAGAAGAGGACUUCACGCUAAACAGCUUUGACCUUAGUAUAAGGAGCCUCCCAGAGGAUAUUGCUUUAGGACAAAGAUGAUUUUAAAGCUGAGAUGAUGUUUCAUAAUAAGUGUGUGCACAAUAUAUAUGUAUGAAAAUCAUAGUUGCCUAAUAUAGGAAGUUGCAUUUAUCUUGCAUCAUAUCUCCUCUAAAACCACAACCUAUGUAAAAAUGCAACCACUUAUAAUAAGCUACAUCGUAAUUGUGUAGGCUGUAUGUCAGUGUUUGUAAAUAAAAUCAAGUCUUUGCUCUCUGUUCUUA